AUGGAGGCGUUAUCGCUGCUGCGGCAAUGCACCAUGGCGAGGAAGACCGUGAGGGAGGAGAAGGACUACUACGUCUUCGGCCACAGGAGGGUGCCCAAGGACACCCCGACCGCCUGGAAGUCACAAGUGCAGAGCGAGUACUACAGCUUGAAGCAGCUGGUGAUCCUGCUAGAGCACGCGGACGCGCCCAUGGUGACGUACAUCGCGGCCUGCACAAGCAAGGGUGUCAAGUGGGUGGCCUCGAUCGAAAAGGCGGACGUGUUGGCCUACCUUAGGGGUCAAACGGACGAUGCCGCUCAGAUCGAUAAGACAGCAGCACCGCCGUCGUCGGAGAGGGCUAACAAGCGCUCACACAACGAGCUCCAAAAAGGCAUGACGGAUACCGAGAUGCGAGAGGCAAAGAAGGCGCACGCCCAACGCUUGGAGAACCGAGGGGGGGGGGGGAGUCGCGCGGGGCUGCUGAGCGGACAGGACCCCCUGUUGUCGAGGGGGGAGGGCACGGGGAUCGGCGGGAUAUCUCAGGACAAGCUGCUGGAGCUUCGGGCCAAGCGUCUGUCCCACAAGCGAAACACCAUUGUGUCGGUUGGAGAUGACGCCGCGGACAACCCCGUGGACCCCAAGUUUCUGGGCGCUGAUAAGAUGAUCGUGGCCAAGAUCCUGGCGAAUGAGAUGAGCAUCUCGGACCGUAACUCGGUCUUGAGGAAGGAGGGAAAGAGCUUCCGGUUCGCUCUGGAGUACUACAACCAGGUGAGGCGGAAGGAGAAGGACCAGGCGAGGGAGAAUGUGGACGGUUACGGAAAGCGGAAGACGCGGGCGGACAGAGAAGCUCGCCAAUCGGGCAGCGGCAGGGGAGGCACAAUCUCCGCGUCUGGUGGGCGAGGAGGGAGCGGGGGUGGCGCGGGAGGGGGGGGGGAUUUGGCCGGAGCAACCCCGGUCAUCAUCGUGCCUACGGUGCCGACGUCGCUCGUCACGCUUUACAACGCCACCGACUUCCUGCAGGAUGGGAACUUCAUCCCGACGAUGGACAAGAAGAGCAAGAGCGAGCGGAAGCCCUCCGAGAUCAUGAUCGAGCGUGUCAACUCCCAGGGCAAGAAGAUGAAGUUCAGGGUCAUCGACAACGCCACCAGGCUUCACCCCAAGGAGUGGAAGGCGUGCGUGUGCGUGCUGGUGCAGGGGGCGGCAUGGCAGUUCAAGGGCUGGGAGUGGGACCAGCCGGUAACGCUUUUCCAGAACGUGCUUGGGGUGCACAUGAAGUUCGACGAUGUCCGAGUCAACGACAAGGUUUCACAGUGGAACGUUCGGGUGUUGGAGAUCAACAAGCACAAGAGGCACUUGGACAAGGGUGCGCUGCUUGAGUUUUGGAGACUGCUGGACGAGUUCAUGCUCCUCAACAAGCCGGAAAUGAUGACAUAGCGCUGCAUCUAAUUACCGCUGCUGACGCAUGUGUCGUGGAGUCUCAUCAUUCGAUGUUGUGCAAGCGUUGUGCGAACACAAGCACGUUUAGCUUGUGGCUUUGUACAAUAUGUUUUGUUUGAGCGCCACUACAGCAGGAACGCGUGGGCGUCUCUGUCUACUUACAAUUGGUACUUCUCAUGUGGGCGGUGCUGAGCGACCCCGUGCCGGUCGAUUGUUGUAUGUACGGGAAAGCCAAAAUACCUGUACCCGCAAAGUACGAGCGUGUAUGCAUCAUGUUUGUCUGAUUCUUUGGAAGGCAACAAGUUGCAAGCAUUAACAUAGCGGUAGGGAUGUGUGGUUCAUGAGGGCAGGUUUGUUUGGGCUUUCGGAAAGACUUCGGCAUCAACCAGAUACUAAAUAGCAGCACCUCCUUAACAAUGGCGUCAAGCACCUUAAGCUUUCAGCAAUAAAGCCGAACAAUUUGCGAUUUGGGCCCACCCUUUUCAAAAGCAAUAAAGAUUUACAUACAGUAGCUGCGGCGUGUGUUAUUUUGUUUGUUGGCAGUAAAUAGACCAUUGCAGCGUAACUCCUGUCGUAGCCGUCAACAAGGAUGAUUGCCAUGCUGGGCAGUUUUGUUUUCAGUUGCAUCGCAGUUGUGCUGGCGAGCGACGGUACACGGUCAGAGGCUGCAGCUUUUUAGUAGCGAAUUCGACCCGCGCUGAGGUCGUUA